GAAAACAUUUCGUGGUGGCCUUUCUGAAAAAUUUGAUUAGGGUUUAACUAAAAUAUAAAACCGAUCAGUAGACGCGAACAGCUCCUGUCGCCGCCGCAGUCCUUUUCUGGUGCUUUGAACUUUUUGCAGUUCUUGAUUCUUAGAAGGAUUUGCCAAGAUGCAGAACGAGGAGGGACAGAACAUGGACCUCUACAUCCCCAGGAAGUGUUCUGCGACAAACAGGCUGAUCACUUCUAAGGAUCAUGCAUCUGUCCAGAUCAAUGUUGGGCAUUUGGAUGAAACUGGCCGAUACACCGGUCAAUUUUCCACAUUCGCUCUCUGUGGAUUCGUCCGUGCCCAGGGUGAUGCUGACGGUGCUCUUGAUAGGCUCUGGCAGAAAAAGAAAGUUGAAGUUCGACAACAAUGAUCCCAUCCUAGCUUGCUUCUCGCUUCAAGCAAUGGAGUUUGUUUCUCGAGACUCUCUUUAAGUUUUGUUAUAUUAUCUUAGGAUUGUGAAUGGUGCUAGAUUUGAACCAUUAUAAUUAUGGUCACAAUAUACUCGGCUUACUGCUUGAGUAAUGAGUUUGUGAACUUUUGAUAGAAAUAUCUAUGGUUGGUUGUGUUUCAUCUUUUUUCUCUGCAUUUUUGUUAGUCUCGCCCCGUCAUUCCUUCAUGGACAUCUGUAUUCACAAGGAAAUAUGUUGAACUAGCAUUCAUGCAUACAGGUUGAAGAAUUUUAUCUUU